AAAGGGCAGAAAGGAUCGUUCCACUCCGCAAUGCCACUAAACAGACCUCUCUGUGGCUUCUUCCAUCCCAGUUGAACCCCUGCUGUGGAAGAGGAAUACAAGGAGAUUUGGUCCCCCACCCAAACUUUUUGCCACUUUGAUUUGGGGGAGCAAAAACUUUACAGAUGGAGGUGGCUGAAAAAAAGUCUAUUGCAAUGGCCUUCACCAUGGUCAACGAGUCUUACAAUGGGCUUCCUCCCAUGAGCAAUGGCCUCGGCGGCCCCAGAUCUGAUGGCAGCAGCAGCAGCAGCGAGAACUCCCAGAACAGUUCCCGUUGCUCCACGCCCGUUGAUACAGAGCGCCAUGAACGCCUGCGCGAGAAAAUGCGGCGGCGCCAGGAAUCAGGAGACAAGUGGUUUUCCCUCGAGUUUUUCCCUCCCCGGACCGCCAGUGGGGCAGUCAACCUCAUCUCCAGGUUUGACCGCAUGGGUGCAGGCGGCCCCCUUUUCAUCGAUGUCACUUGGCAUCCGGCUGGUGAUCCAGGCUCGGAUAAGGAGACCUCGUCCAUGAUGAUGGCCAGCACGGCACUUAACUACUGCGGGCUGGAGACCGUUCUCCACGUGACAUGCUGUAACCAAAGCCGGGGGACCAUCACAGCACACCUGCAGAAGGCCAAACGUCUGGGGCUCAAGAACAUUAUGGCCCUGCGAGGAGAUCCUGUUGGUGAAGAAUGGGAAGAAGAGUUGGAAGGCUUCAACUAUGCAGCAGACCUGGUGAAGCACAUCCGUCACGAGUUUGACGAUUACUUUGACAUCUGUGUGGCAGGUUAUCCAGAGGGCCACCCCGAGGCCAAGAGCUACGCAGACGACCUGAAGCACCUGAAGGAGAAAGUCUCGUCUGGGGCCGACUUCGUCAUCACGCAGCUCUUUUUCCAGUCAGAGACCUUUGUCAAGUUUCUGAGGGACUGCCAGUCCAUCGGCAUCACCUGCCCCAUUGUGCCAGGAAUAUUCCCCAUACAGGGGUAUCAUUCUCUGCGCCAGCUUGUGAAACUCUCUAAAUUAGUGGUGCCUCAGAAAAUUAAAGAUGUCAUUGAGCCCAUCAAGGACAACGAUGCUGCCAUCAGGAACUAUGGCAUAGAACUGGCGGUCAGCAUGUGCCGAGAACUACUGGACAGCGGCCUGGUCCACGGCCUGCAUUUCUACACCCUGAACCGGGAGGUGGCCACCAUGGAGAUCCUCAGACGUUUGGGCCUCUGGAAAGAAGAUCCAAGGCGUCCCUUGCCGUGGGCAGUCAGUGCUCACCCCAAACGGCGAGUUGAAGACGUCCGGCCUAUUUUCUGGGCUUCCCGGCCAAAGAGCUACAUCUAUCGGACGCAGGAGUGGGAUGAGUUCCCCAAUGGCCGAUGGGGUAACUCUUCCUCCCCAGCCUUUGGGGAGCUGAAAGAUUAUUACCUUUUCUACUUGAAGAGCAAAUCUCCUCGAGAGGAACUUCUGAAGAUGUGGGGGGAAGAGCUGACCAGCGAAGGAAGCGUCUACGAAGUCUUCAGGUGCUAUAUCGCUGGGGAACCCAACAGAAACGGGCACAAGGUGACGUGUCUGCCGUGGAAUGACGACCCCUUGGCUGCUGAGACCAACCUCAUGAAAGAGGAGCUGGUCAGGGUGAACAGGAGAGGCAUCUUGACCAUCAACUCCCAACCCAAUAUCAACGGAAAGCCAUCUACGGACCCUGUCGUGGGAUGGGGACCAGAGGGGGGUUACGUCUUCCAGAAGGCCUACCUGGAGUUCUUCACCUCCGCCGAGAACAUCAAGGCCCUUCUGGCGGUUCUGAAAAAGUAUGGGCAGCGGGUGAAUUACCACAUCGUCAACGUCAAGGGAGAAAAUGUCACCAACGCUCACGAGAUGCAGCCAAAUGCUGUGACGUGGGGGAUCUUCCCAGGCAGAGAGAUCAUACAGCCCACAGUGGUGGACCCGGUUAGCUUCAUGUACUGGAAGGACGAGGCCUUCGCCUUGUGGAUCGAACAGUGGGCCAAGCUGUACGAAGAGGAGUCGCCCUCCCGCAUGAUCGUCCAGUACAUUCACGACAACUACUACCUGGUCAACUUGGUUGACAACGACUUUCCCCUUGACAGUUGCCUGUGGCAGGUUUUGGAGGACACCUACGAGCAGCUGAACGGCCCAGAAGAGGAACAGAGAAGCCCCUCCCGCUUUUGAGACCGGACUUCGAAACCUUUUCCCUUCGUCAAGACUUGCUGCAGCUAAGGACCCCGACAGAACCCUCCUUCUGAUCUUUCUACUUUUUUUCCCCUUCUUUUUUUAACGAGCGGUGCUCUAAAGAGCAUCUGCUUCACACAAGGCCCUGCUUCCCGGACCGAUGCUCACAACGGCCAGCUUGACUGAGAACUGCAACCCACCCACCACUUUUUAGCUCACCGAGUCCCCAACACCCCCUAUUUAUUUUAAUUUUGUAAGAGGCAGACUCGCGUUUCGCUUUCUC